AUGUCUUCAACGAUAAAUUGCUUUUGGUCUCUAUUAUCAUUAAGUGACCUAAGUUUCGUUUAUAUUUCUCCUUGGUUAUCUAAAGCUCUUGGUCCUGAUCAUGACUCAUUAUUGGGUACUUCGGUUUUUGAUUAUUUUCAUCCUCAAGAUCGAGAGUUGGCGCGUCGCGACUUAUCAGAUCAUGAUAUCGUUCUUGCUUGCUUUCAUCCUGAUGAUGUAAAACCAAGUCAUUGCACGCAAAUUUCUUGUGGUGAAACUGAAUUUUCAAAAGAAGAAUUGAAUAAAUUAUCUUCACUUUUACACAAAUAUUCAACAAUUGGCUCUUCCAGAAUACAAACUCCUCCUUUUUCAGAUAACCAUUCAUCAUCAGAUUUUAACGCUUUUCCAAAUCGAAUUUUCCAAAUAUUGGAUAAACAUUCAAAGAAUUUGAUUUUCUCUUGGCCCGAUCCAACUUUUGUUGCCGGUACUGAGUUACCAAAUGUAUCUUAUGAUAAGUUUGAGUUUUCCAAACUAUUACAAGAUGCUUCAUUAAAUUCUAGUAAUAUAAUUACUGGAAAAGAUAGGAUCGAUGUUCAAUCUGAAAGUUGUCUAAGAUUAUUUUCUAACAAACACAUUAUAAUGUCGGCUUCUGGAAAAUAUCAAAAAGUUGAAAGUGUUAUGAUUCCUUAUGGCGUCAUCAUUUUCGCUUGCUUUCAAAUUUUACCUUCUGCUUCUUCUACCCUUUCUUUUUGUACUUCUCCAACUUUUAAACAUCAAAAAUCACUGUCUGCUCCUUGCUCUCCCAUCACUGCAAAUGGUUUAACUAAAAGGCCAAGAUCCCCUGGUUAUUCUCCUGGUUCUUUAUCUCCAACUUCUUAUUCAGAUUCGGGUAGUAACAGUAUUGCUUAUCAUUACCGUCCAGAUACCUCGGAACGUUCUAUAAAACGAAUCCGUCUAAAUAAUAAUGAUUUGGAUCUUUCCGUUCGUACUGUACCUCAUCUAUUACCAAAUCCUAUUUCCCCUCAUGAUUCUCCUGGUUGUAAAGGCAAUGUUCAAUAUCCAUUCCCGUCGAUAUCUCAACCACAAAAUGAUCAAACAUUACCACAGUCAUUACCCACUAUAUCUCAACAAAUUUAUUUUAAUCAAUCUAGUCAACAACAUUUUUCACAACAUGCUCAGCAACAUACUCAGCAACAUGUUCAGCAACAUGUUGUGACUCCGUAUUCUUCUCCCACUUUCUUACCACAUGAUAAUAAUAAUGCUAUGUGUCAACGUCCCAAUCCUCCUCCUUUUUCACAACCUCAACCUGUUCCAAAUCAACAACCUCCAACUUUCCCACCAUUUUCCCCAUCGCAACGUAGAAAUAACGCGGCUGUUAAUGGUACAAAAAAGUGUGAGAGCUGUCAUACAAGUUCUAGUCCUGAAUGGAGGCGUGGUCCAACAGGUCAUAAAACUCUUUGUAACGCAUGUGGAUUGAGAUAUUCCCGUACAAUAGCUCGUGAAAUUCGUAAACGUGAGCAAGCUCAACGUGAACAGGAGCAAAGAUUUCGAGAACAACGUGAAGGUGAAGAACGUGCACGUGAAAGAGCUGCUGCAAUCAUGAUGCAAUAUACUAAUGGACCACAAUUAGUCUUAAGACUAGUCUGA